AUGUCCACCAGCCUCCUACAUGUCCCCAGCCUCCCACACAUGUCCCACCCACAUGUCCCCAGUCUCCAUCAUGUCCCCCAGCCUCCAUACAUGUCCCACAGCCUCCCAUCAUGUCCCAGCCUCCCAUACAUGUCCCACAGCCUCCCAUAUGUCCCCAGUCUCCCAUGUCCCAGCCUCCCACAUGUCCCCCAGCCUCCCAUCAUGUCCCCAGUCUCCUAUACAUGUCCCCCAGCCUCCCAUCAUGUCCACCAGUCUCCUAUACAUGUCCCCAGCCCCAUCAUGUCCACUAGUCUCCCUAUACAUGUCCCACAGCCUCCCAUCAUGUCCACCCAGUCUCUAUACAUGUCCCCCAGCCUCCAUACAUGUCCCACAGCCUCCCAUCAUGUCCACCAGUCUCCUAUACAUGUCCCCCAGCCUCCACAUGUCCCCAGCCUCCCACUAUGUCCCCCGUCCCCAUACAUGUCCCCCAGCCCCAUCAUGUCCACCAGUCUCCAUACAUGUCCCCCAGCCUCCAUAUCCCCAGCCUCCCAUCAUGUCCACCAGUCUCCUAUACAUGUCCCCCAGCCUCCCAUACAUGUCCCUCAGCCCCAUCAUGUCCACCAGUCCCUAUACAUGUCCCCCAGCCAUCCCAUAUGUCCCCAGCCUCCCAUCAUGUCCACCAGUCUCCCAUACAUGUCCCCAGCCUUCCACAUACACCCCCAGCCUCCCAUCAUGUCCACCAGUCUCCCCACAUGUCCCCCAGCCUUCCACAUGUCCACCAGCCUCCCAUCAUGUCCACCAGUCUCCUAUACAUGUCCCCCAGCCUUCCAUACAUGUCCCCCAGCCUCCCAUCAUGUCCCCCAGUCUCCUAUACAUGUCCCCCAGCCUCCCAUACAUGUCCCUCAGCCUCACAUGUCCCACAGCCUCCCAUCAUGUCCCCAGUCUCUAUACAUGUCCCCCAGCCUCCCCAUCAUGUCCACCAGUCUCCCUAUACAUGUCCCCCAGCCUCCCAUCAUGUCCCCCAGCCCCAUACAUGUCCCCAGCCUCCCAUACAUGUCCCACGCCCCUCCAUGUCCCCAGCCUCCCACAUGUCCCCCAGCCCCAUACAUGUCCCACAGCCUCCCAUCAUGUCCCCAGUCUCCCAUACAUGUCCCUCAGCCUCCCAUCAUGUCCACCAGCCUCCCCAUACAUGUCCCCCAGCCUCCCAUACAUGUCCACCAGCCUCCCAUACAUGUCCCCAGCCUCCCCAUCAUGUCCCCAGUCUCCUAUACAUGUCCCUCAGCCUCCCCAUACAUGUCCCCCAGCCUCCCAUCAUGUCCUCAGCCUCCCAUCAUGUCCCCAGCCCCCACAUGUCCCAGCCUCCCAUCAUGUCCCCCAGCCUCCCAUACAUGUCCCUCAGCCUCCCAUCAUGUCCCCCAGCCUCCCAUCAUGUCCUCAGCCUCCCAUCAUGUCCCCAGCCCCAUCAUGUCCCCCAGCCUCCCAUACAUGUCCCUCAGCCUCCCAUCAUGUCCCCAGCCUCCCAUCAUGUCCCUCAGCCUCCCAUCAUGUCCCCCAGCCUCCCAUCAUGUCCCCAGCCUCCCAUACAUGUCCCCCGCCUCCCCAUACAUGUCCCUCAGCCUCCCAUACAUGUCCCCCAGCCUCCCAUACAUGUCCCCCAGCCUCCCAUACAUGUCCCCAGCCUCCCAUACAUGUCCCCAGCCUCCCCAUACACGUCCCAGCACUCCUCCCAUCAUGUCCCCAGCCUCCCACAUGUCCCCAGCCCAUACAUGUCCACAGCUCCCCAUCAUGUCCCACAGUCUCCCAUACAUGUCCCCAGCCUCCCAUACAUGUCCACAGUCCCCAUCAUGUCCCACAGCCCCCACAUGUCCCACAGCCCCAUACAUGUCCACAGUCUCCCAUCAUGUCCCACAGCCUUCCAUACAUGUCCACAGUCUCCAUCAUGUCCCCAGCCUCCCAUACAUGUCCCCAGCCUCCAUACAUGUCCCACAGCUCCCCAUCAUGUCCCACAGCCUCCCAUACAUGUCCCCAGUCUCCCAUACAUGUCCCCAGUCUCCCAUACAUGUCCCACAGUCUCCAUACAUGUCCCCCAGUCUCCCAUACAUGUCCCACAGUCUCCCAUACAUGUCCCCAGCCUCCCAUACAUGUCCACAGUCUCCAUCAUGUCCCACAGUCUCCACAUGUCCCCAGCCUCCAUACAUGUCCACAGUCUCCCAUCAUGUCCCACAGUCUCCCAUACAUGUCCCCACAGCCUCCCAUAAAUGUCCACAGUCUCCCAUCAUGUCCCACAGCCUCCACAUGUCCACAGUCCCCAUCAUGUCCCAGCCUCCCACAUGUCCCAGCCCCACAUGUCCCACAGUCUCCCAUCAUGUCCCACAGCCUCCCAUACAUGUCCCCAGUCUCCCAUACAUGUCCCCAGUCUCCAUACAUGUCCCACAGUCUCCCAUACAUGUCCCCCAGUCUCCCAUACAUGUCCCCAGCCUCCCCAUACAUGUCCCCAGCCUCCCAACAUGUCCCCAGCCUCCCAUCAUGUCCCCAGCCUCCACACAUGUCCCAAGUCUCCAUCAUGUCCCCAGCUCCAUACAUGUCCCCAGCCCCCACAUGUCCCCAGUCUCCCCAUACAUGUCCCUCAGCCUCCCAUACAUGUCUCCCAGCCUCCCAUACAUGUCCCCAGCCUCCCACAUGUCCCCAGUCCCCCAUACAUGUCCCCAGCCUCCAUACAUGUCCACAGCCCCACAUGUCCCCCAGCCUCCCACAUGUCCCCAGUUCCCAUACAUGUCCCACAGUCUCCCAUCAUGUCCCCCAGCCUCCAAUACAUGUCCCCCAGUCUCCCAUCAUGUCCCCAGCUCAUACAUAUGGAAGAUCGUGGAACAGAUGCAGAGUGAAGAUACGGGGGUGCCGGUGAAGACUGUCAAGAGCUUUAUGACGAAGAUCCCCUCAGUCUUCACCAGUCGACCUUAUUGCCUGGAUGAUGAGGAACCUUGA